CCCCUCGCUCGCCAUCGUCGAUGGAAAUUUGUUUGCGCUAUUACUAAGUAAUUAUGUUUCCCAACACGACUGUCGGGUCGGGUUUCGUUCUCGUUAAAUUCCGUUGAAAUUCCCCCGCCCGCUGAAAGUCUCGUGCGGCGCGAUCUCGAGCGUUUAAGGCUGAUUAGAGGACGUAAUUUCCCCUUUCAUUGGCGCUUUAACGAGGUCGCGGUAUUCAUAAAUAUGUAUCGCUCGUCGGAAUCAACGGACGACGUUAUCUUUCGCCACGACGAUCGCAAAUUGAACGGAAACGGUGAGCCGAAGAGCAACGCUCCCGCUCCCCGGAGGCGAGAUGCAUUCUCGCUCGAAAUUUUCAAAUAAACAGGACUUCUCAUUCUUCCGUUCGAGCUUCUAUCGCGACAGCGAAGGUAAUUUUUUCCAACGUAUCUCACUUUGCAUAAUCAAUGACUCUGGUGUACGUUGUGUGAAAUUUAUACAUUUCAGAUACAAUCUUUUUAUGCAUGAGCAUGUAUAACAUGUAAACAUGAAUAUGUGAGAAGAAGUGACAUUACAAGAGCGCUACUCGCUGUUGUAUUAUGGCAUAUUGUGGCAACAAAUCUCGAGAAUCCUCGGAUAAUUGUCUUGCGAUGAGCGCGACAAAGCGACGCGAGAUGUGAAGCGCGCAUGCUUUGGUUCAUCGAAAGCUCGGCACGCUUCGUUUCCAGCCCAACGGCGCGACGACGACGACGAUGACGACGGCGACGGCGACGACGGCGGCAGUGGCGGUUUAUCCGCGAAGGUGAUGAGCUGGUGGGGCGAGAUCGAUAUAAAAGUCGCGCGCCGCGCACCUCGAGGUCAAACGUAGACAGAAGCUUGUGAGAGAAGAGUCCGAUCAGAGCUAGUCUAAGCGCCUCCGUUGCUGCGACAACAAUUCCACGAGCGUUGCGCCAGUUUGCGUCAGAGCGGAAGCGUCUUCGAGGGAAAACAAGAGAAAGAGAGAGAGAGAGAGAGAAGAAAGGAGAAGAGGAGAGACGAGAAAACUCUUUCUCUAUCUCUCUGUCUCCCUGUCGGUGCUUCUGUGAGUCCAGCGGGAUUAACCACCUCGUGGAGCUUCCAGCGAAAGUGCGGAAGAUUCGUCCCUCCGCCAUUAGCGAGGCCGAGAAAAUUCCGACGUUCAGUGAAGUGUGCAAGAGAGGCUUAAGGAUUAAACCGCCGAACGAGCAACCGGAGAUACUGACCGAUAUGACUUGCUGCCAGGAACCACGAUCCUACCACGCGCAGGCCGCGAUGAGCGACAGCGGAAAAUCGUCGUCAAGGUGCGAGCAGAAGGGCCUCGGCUGCCAGGGCAGCACCAUCACAUGCGGCAUGCUGCCGACCCUGCGGAUGUUGGCCUCCCGGGGAUGCAACAGCCAAGACACCGUCUGUCUCGUGCCGUUCGACGUCGAGAUGGAUUCGGCCAGCCACCUGCACAUGAUAUUGCUCGAGGCUUAUUGCCGCGAGAUCGGCGUCAAGGUGCUGAGGGUGUCCCGGGAGCGGAUACGGGCGCACUUGUGCCCGGGUAGCGCGGACAUGUCCUGCGUCCUCAUUACCAACGACGAUCCAUUUUUCCUGGAGUCGCCGGAGUGAAACUCGCAGACUGGUCCUUGGGAGGAAGUUGAAACUAACCGCCGCGCGCGGUCCUUUACGCAUCAUCCAAGGCAUUUCGCUGAGGAGGGGACGGUCGUCGCUGAGGAGAUCCUCCACUACGGCGAAUAAUGGGAAUUUAUCAGUCCGGCACGCGGCACAUACGUGUGUCUGUAUGUGUGUGCGUGCCCUGCGCGCGUGUCUCAUCAACGAGGAUACUGACAUCCGGACACUUAUUAUCUGAGAAAAAUCGCGAGUACCGCCGGGCCGCCCGAGGGCCGCGGUCCUCUUGUGAUUUAUCCUUGGAACAAGGACAUACCACGCGCGAGUGACUUGCCUUGCGGGAGCACCGGGGUGGUAGCUGAAUAAGAAUGUAUUAAUUAAUCUAUGUAACAUGCGUGUACAGUUCCAGAUUGCUUGUGAUUUGUCGCGCGAAGCGAGUCGAUCUUCGCCGCGUACUCUUUGUAAAACUCGGCGCCGCCGAAGCGCGCGUCUCGACGAGAAGGAUAUCUAUACUUAUGUAACACUACACGAUAAUAAGAUUAUAUGUGAAAUUUUAACAAGAAA